ACAGAUACAUGGACAACAUGGGGAAAAGCAAUUACAAGACAGCAGAUAAAUGACCUUUUAAGCAACUUUUGAAACAUUUGACAGAUGAACAGUUUAUUGAUAGAUGUGAAAAGCUACUCCAUAAUUUGGUUCCUCUAAAUCUUAUCGAACAUUUACCUCUACUAGUGAGACAUUCAGGAGGAUGAAGAUCUAGAGAAUGACGGGUUGAGUAAGAAUCGACCUGAGAAUUUGUUUUAAAAUAAGUCUUGAAGGUCUUUUAUCUAACUUGUCUGCUUGAUUUGGAAGAUAAAGUUUCUCUAAAGUUGAAAAGCCAAACGUGUCCAGCAUCUACUCCGUCUGUCUUAGAAAAAAACAAAGAGCAUGGAUUAAAUUUAACACUUCCACAAGCCAAUAAAGGCUGUAUACUAUUAUACUAUUAUACUAUCCUACUAUAUAGGGUCCAGCUGCAUGCUGCAGGCUGAAUGGGAGCUAUAGAUUGGAGGGGACCUGGAGCUCCUCCUCCUCCUGACAUGCUGUAAGGGACAGAAGCUUUGUCCCUCUGGGUGUCCGGCCUGUCUCAUGGACAUUAGCAGUGCAGCAAACUAAGAGGAACUUUAUUUUAAAAAGCAGAAGACGAAGAAGUCCAGCAUGCAGUUUCUGUCCCAACAUCGCCCAACAGCUCGGUGGAGCACACACGUCUACCUGGCGUGUGCCUUCAUCAUGACAGCGUGCUCUGGACCGGCUUCACCCCUUCACGCCCCUCCGGUGACGACGGCUCUCCGCUCGGCUUUCUCUGCCACGAGAACCAGCAGCUUGUUGGGAGGCAAGCAGAAGGCCGUGACCUUCAACAAGCUCCUGGUCAACAUCGGAGGGGAUUUCAAUCCGGACGCCGGCCACUUCCGCUGCCGCCUCCCCGGGGCUUACUACUUCUCCUUCUCCGUGGGGAAGUUUCCAAAGAAAAUGCUCUCUGUGAUACUGGUGAAGAACGGAGAGGAGGUGCAGGCUAUCGCGUUCGACGACUUCCGCAAGAAAGGGAGGAAAGUUCAGAGCCAGAGCGUGAUGAUCAGUCUGAAGGAGAUGGACACGGUGUGGCUGCUUUUACAGCAGAGUCCUCAGUACGCUCUGUACAGCAACGCCGGCCCUUACAUCACCUUCUCCGGUUACCUCGUCUACCCCGACACCUCCCCGACCGGCUACGUCAGCAACCACCUGUCCCCGUCAGCGCUGUCCUAUCCACACUGCCCGCCUCAGUCUGACCCCUCGGACAGAGGUCAGACGCCAGAGCAGCCGCGCUCGGCCUUCUCUGUGGCGCGGACGUCCACGCUCAUGGGUCAGAGUAUCAGGCAGCAGGACAAGCCGCCUUUGACCUUUGACGUGGAAUACGUCAACAUCGGGGGGCACUUCAACAAAACCUCGGGCCUGUUCACCUGCCACUUCCCGGGAGCUUACUUCUUCGCCUUCACCGUGGGGAAACACCCUCGUAAGGCCGUCUCCGUGAAGCUGAUGACCGGGAAGGGCGAGGUGCAGGCCAUGGUGUUCGACGAGGACACGUCGAAGAGACGGGAGAUGCAGAGUCAGAGCUUGCUGCUGUCCCUCCGCCGGGGCGACAGCGUGUGGCUGUACAGCCAGCAGGACGAGCGUUAUGCCGUCUACAGCAACCAGGGGAGGUACACCACCUUCUCCGGCUUCCUGGUUUAUCUGGAAGCAGAAACACUCACACCUCCCGCCACCCAGGACAGAACUCACCUCUAAAUGUCUUUCAUAACACAACCUGACGUCUUUAUAGAAAACCUGUAGGUGAUUUCUAUGUGGAUGGUGCAGAAAAAAAAAUAUACUGUGGUCAGUAGAGUGCAGGGGUCAGCAACCUUUACUAUCAAAAAAACAUCUGUCUGGAGCCGCAAAACAUCUGGUCAUUGUGAUGAAG